UAGUUGGGUCUCUGUUUGACUCUUCCCCCUUGCUGAUUUUUUAGUUUCUGUGAUCCCGUCUCAGGUGUGACACACAUUCAGCAGCAGAAGAGGAAGACUUUCCAGUAUGUCUAUAGGGCUGGAGUUGAUAGGCAUCGCCCUGUGCAUUUUGGGAUGGAUUAUUUCCAUUGUGGCAUGCGCCCUCCCCAUGUGGAGGGUGACAGCCUUCAUCGGCAGCAACAUCGUGACAGCUCAGAUCAUCUGGGAGGGCCUGUGGAUGACCUGCGUAGUCCAGAGCACGGGCCAGAUGCAGUGUAAGGUCUACGACUCCAUGCUCGCCCUCUCCCAGGACCUCCAAGCCGCCCGUGCCCUCACCGUCAUCUCCAUCCUGUUAGCCCUCCUGGCCGUGCUCAUCGCCAUCGCCGGAGCAAAGUGCACCAACUGCAUUGAGGAUGAGGCGUCAAAGGCCAAGGUGAUGAUCAUCUCGGGGGUCUUCUUCAUUGUAUCAGGGGUCAUGCAGCUCAUUCCUGUGUCCUGGUCGGCCAACACCAUAAUCAGGGACUUCUACAACCCUUUGCUAACUGAUGCCCAAAGGAGAGAGCUGGGGUCCGCACUGUACAUCGGCUUUGCGGCCGCUGCCCUCCUGGUUCUUGGUGGUGGACUCCUUUGCUGCUCCUGCCCGCCACGUGAAACCAGAUACAACCCUUCACGAAUGGCAUACUCUGCCCCGCGGUCCGCAGGUGGUCCAGGGUUAGAACGGAAAGACUAUGUAUGAGUGAAAUUCAAUAAAAGAAAAGACAGUGUUAAAUCUCAAACUUGCUCUUCGCACCAGAUGGAGGGUGUACUGAGGAAAAGAGCUGAAGAAAACAAGGAGACUCCGCAAUGAAGGAUGUGUUUAAUUUUGCCUUCAAUGUCAUGUCUUUUUCCUCAGAGAUGGAAAAGGUCUCAUGCAAAGGUCAUUUGAGUGAAAAUUUCCUUUAAACAUGUUCAGAACAAAAAGCAUAGAAUUUAUGGCGUUAGCACUCUGUUUUUACUGAUAAAUAUUAUUAACAUUAUACAAUCAUAUACUUUUUAUACAGUCUUGGAUUCUUAAUGUUUACUACUGAAUUUUUUUUUUAAUGAAAAUACGCCAUAACAGCUUCAUGUGUCAUCUCCAUAAUAGGGCACAACAGGGUUAUCAACAGGAUUAUGUUUGUACAUUUUGUAUUAUGAGUAUCUGUAACAGUCAAAACAGAUGAUAAGCUCAUAGCACAGGGUAGUAAAGGUGGAGUUGAGCUGGUGGGAGGGAUGAUAAAGGACUUUGAGUGCUC